UACCAAUGAACUGAGCGGAGGGGCGGGCUCGGCACGGGGCUCAGAGACUUUGCUGCAACCGGGAGAAGGUGGCGGGUCACGACGUGGGGCGGCCAGCGAUGAAGCCGCCUAGUUCAUUGCAAACAAGUGAGUUUGACUCAUCAGAUGAAGAGCCUAUUGAAGAUGAACAGACUCCAAUUCAGAUAUCAUGGCUACCCCUGUCACCAGUGAAUUGUUCUCAGUUUCUUGGUUUAUGUGCUCUUCCAGGUUGUAAAUUUAAAGAUAUUAGAAGAAAUAUCCAAAAAGAUACAGAAGAACUAAAGAGCUAUGGUAUACAGGACAUAUUUGUUUUCUGCACCAGAGGGGAACUGUCCAAAUACAGAGUUCCAAACCUUCUGACCCUCUACCAGCAGUAUGGAAUCAUCACUCACCACCACCCGAUCCCAGAGGGAGGGACUCCUGACAUAGCCAGCUGCUGUGAAAUAAUGGAGGCGCUGACAAUCUGCCUUAAAAAUAACCGAAAAACCUUAAUACACUGUUACGGAGGAAUUGGAAGAUCUUGUCUUGUAGCUGCUUGUCUCCUACUCUAUCUGUCUGACACGGUGUCGCCGCAGCAAGCCAUAGACAGCCUGAGAGACCUGCGAGGAUCUGGGGCCAUACAGACCAUAAAGCAAUAUAAUUAUCUUCAUGAGUUCCGGGACAAACUAGCUGCACAUCUGUCAUCAAGAGAUUCACUAUCAAGAUCUGUAUCUAGAUAAAAAGAAUUUCAAACAGCAUAUGUAUGACCAUGUCUGAUACUUGAGUUCUCUUAACAUAAUUUGAGCUAGUGUUACCAACUUGAAUGUAAAUGAAUAUGUGCAAAUAUUCCUAAAGCUUUUAUUGACAAAUUUUACUGAGUCUCUUUCAUCUCUUAUAGGAGAUAUAAAAAUUGUUAUACAAUUUUCCUUUUUAAAAAUGAAAUGCAGAUUGUGCUGAAAAAGCAUACAGAAAAAAAUACUUUAUUGCAUAUUUUUAUUAUUUACCAAACUUUGACCUCACUUAGUAUUUGUAACCACUGGGUGGCACGUAACAUAGUAUUAAGUGGGAAAUUGGUAUAAGUACCCAAGCUAAAAUUAUUUAACUUUCACCCUUUAUUCCCCUCAAAAGCUCCAACUUUUCCUUCUUCACAGACAUACACAAUUGUGAGGGACCCUAUGAAUCAUCCAGCCACCUCCCUCCCAAUACCAGACCAUCCCCAGCAGGUGUUUAUCCAGUAUUUGCUUGGACAUUUUCAGAGACAAGGGAUUCUUGGCUCAGACAGCUGCUCUGUUUUUAGAACAUUUUUUCCCACCCUAGAAACUACACAAAAUGAAUUUAAUCCCUCUUUCACAUCUAUUGCAUCAAGUACUUGUAGAUUAACGAUCUCCAAUUCUAUCACUCCUUCAUCCUACCUCAUGCUACCGAACAUUUUUUUCUCUUUAAAUUCAACAUUGAGCCACCAAAAGUGGUCAUUUGGACUAUAGACAAAGAUUAUACAAUGAGUCAAAGCCACCUGUUUUCACAGGUGUCAGUGGUUUCAGUGUCGUAAGAGGUAGGUCCCUGGCUCUCUUGGAUACUGGUAAUCAUAAAUGUGAGCCCGGGAUCAUAGGCACUUACACACAAGACGAAGUAAAUUUCACCACAUCAAAACUGUUUUUAAAUGUGUAAUUACCAAAAAAAGCUUAUGUUGUUUCCCAUUCCUCUUGCUGCUUCUGAACUCCUUUAAUUUCAUUAGGGAAUUUUUUUAAAUCAUUUUUUAAAAUUGUUAUUCUACUAGUUGUCCCAAUUUCCCCCCUUUGCACUCCUCCACCCAUCCCACCCCCUGCCCCAGCUCCCAGUCAGUCCCCACACUGGCGGUGUCCAAGUCUGUGGGUCAUUCAUUCAUGUUGUCUGGUCCCUUCCGCUACUUCCCACCAUUAUCCUCCUCCCACCUCCCCUCUGAUCACUUUCAGUCUGUUCCAUGUUUCCAUGCCUGUGGUUCUGUUUUGUUCAUUAGUUUAUUGUGUUCAUUACAUUCCUCUUAUUGGUGAGAUCAUAUGGUAUUUCUUUUUCAAUGACUUAUUUCACUUAGCAUAAUAGUCUCCAGUUCCAUCCAUGCUGUCACAAAAGGUAGGAGUUCCUUCUUUCUUUCUGCUGCGUAGUAAUCCAAUUACUAAUGCUGUUUGGGAACUUCAGACCAAAGAUCCAGUAUUUACCAUAAUAUACAAUCAAUAUUUUAGUACUCAUAUAUACUCUGCUUCUAGAACUUAAGGUUUUAUAAGAAUACUAAGGAGGAUAAGAAAAAAACACAUAUUCCGCCAGUACCUGCAAGUUUAAACUAGGGAUUUCUUAUCUAACAUAACAAAUGCCAACUUCUAGCAAGAAAGUUAUUUAUUUUUUUGAAGUAGAGGCUGUAAUCAUAGAUUGACCCUCCUCAUCAUUUUGGUAUUACAACCAACUACAAUGUAAAAGUCACAGUAUUCUAUUGGAUUUUAGGAAGUCACUGAUAAUGACAUGACCAAAUCUUGCAGUAGCUUUCUUCCAAUAUACCGGUAUAUAUAUAGCUUGUUUGUGAACACUUUAAGAAAAUGGAAGGAAAGUACUGGCAUGGAUUAAUCAAAUCCUUUAUAAUCAAUUGAAUAUUCAAAGUACAUACAUCUUAAUUUCCACUGCAAGUGCUAGUUAAGCCUUCCACAUUUAGAAUGCUUGACUAAAACACUUUAAUACCAAGGCUAAGGAAAAAUAUCUAUUAUUGCAUAAUAGAGAAACAUGGGGUAGCACUACUCAAAAAUAACUGUCCGAUUCAAUUUAAUAACAUAUGAAUUCAACAUUCUUAGAAAGUAUCUUCUCUGCCUAGCCUGUGGGACAGCCCUCAAAACAACAGGAGAAGAGAAACAGUCUCGAAUCCUGGUCAAGCCAAAGUCAGCUGCUGAAAUCAACACACACAGUAACCAUUAUCCAUAAACUACACAAGGAAACAUUUGAGAGGGUUUUUAUUAAAUAUACAAAAGCAAAGUCAAGCAAGCUCUAGGAAGAUAGGACUACUUGAGAGCGUCUUCUCUGGACAAUGGUACAGCACCUUUAAGGUUCACGUAGAUUUUAACCAACUGGGAGCACAAAC